AGAGAGAGAGAGAGAGAGAGAGAGAGAGAGAGAGAGAGAGAGAUUCCAUUCUUCUCUCGCAGCCCUUAAAAUCCAACAAAUAUUAAUAAUAAAAUUAUUAAAAUCCAUGAUAUUUCCCAAUUUAGGAGACCGUUACAAAACAGAAAGACUACUGUGAUUCCUUCUCAUCAUCGUCAUCGAUCGCCAUACUGUUCAGAAUCAUACUACAUUUUCAGAAUUUUACAGCAUGAAUCCCCCAGCAGAUGACCUGGAUUUUAAACCCGAGAAGCUCGGAGAGGAAAAAGAGGGCGGUGCGCAGUUCCAUUGUGACCUAUACGACACAGAUCUCGUCUACAAAACAGCUCAAGAACUCCUGCCCGGUUUAGCCUCAGCCUGUGUAGACAACACAACCGGUGGUCUAUUCAGAAACCCAGCUUCAGUUGCAGUCGACAUCAGACGAGAAAUGGUGGACUAUCUCAUCCAAAGAAGCGAAAACUACGUAGCCGAAUCCGUUGUUGUUCUAGAAGGAGGUGCGAAUGCAGAAAUGUCCGACGACCCUUAUGACAUCAUCUCUGACUUCAUCGACGAUUUCGCAAGCUCCAAACGGAACUUCUUCAGCAAAGUUUCGGGCUGGCUUCUGAGCGAAAGAAGGGAGGAUCGAAUAGACGACUUUGUGCAAGAAAUGGAGAUUAACGGGUUCUGGCUGCUGAACAGGAGAGAAUCGGUUGCGCAGACCCUCUUGAAGAACGUUGAUUUCAAGAAUAUACAUCACUGCAGCAUGAAUUUUAAGUCUGCCGAAGAUGUGGAGGAGCAUAAGUUGAGUUGCGGUUUCAGGACUAUGAUAUGCACAAACGAGGGUUGUAAUGCGAGGUUCACCGCCGCUCAAAGUGACCAGCAUGAUUCCGUGUGUCCUUUUAAGAUACUUCAGUGUGAACAGAAAUGCGAGGACUUUAUAAUGAGGCGUGAGAUGGAUAGACACUGUAUAACUGUUUGUCCGAUGAAGCUUGUCAAGUGUCCGUUUUAUUCGGUGGGUUGUCACUCGUCUGUUCCACAGUGUAAAACGGAGCAGCACCGGUCGGAGGAUCUCAGCUCUCACUUGCUUUAUGUUCUGCAUGUUUCUCACAAGGAAGCUUCGACGGACGAUCUUAAGAUACGGGUUGAGGAACUGAUCCAGAUAUCUUCUCCUGGACAACUGGCAGUACCUCGUGAUGCACGAUCUUUAACCUUUGCUAUUAGGCCUCUCGAAGCAAAACUCGGGCCGUUAAAAAUCAACACUACUGCAAAGAGCAUCGACGAGGUCAAAGAAGUGACCACUGAUAAAGAUGAGGAGUCGGCCAAAGAGGUCAAAGAGUUGAGUACUGAUAAAGAGGAGGAGCCGGCCAAAGAGGUCAAAGAUUUGACUACUGAUAAAGAUGAGGAGUCGGCCAAAGAGGUCAAGUCCGAAGAAUCCCCAGCAUCAGAGAGAGAUGAGAGUGUGAACAACUCACCCUCGAAAUCCGAAUCACCGCCUAAUAACGAAAAAUUCGCUCAGUCGGUCGAAAAAUUGGAAAAAGAGGAAGGUGUGAACAAAGCUGAAAUCGAGACUGGGAAAGAAAAAGUGGCUCAACCUGUUAUUAAACACGAACAAUUAACAGAAGAAGAAAAGGAGCACAUGCAUUCAGCUGCCAACAGGGACAAUCAUGAUGACUCAGUCGAAAAAUCGGAAAAAGAGGAAGGUUUGAACAAAGCUGAAAUCGAGAUUGGGAAAGAAAAAGUGGCCGAACCUAUUAUCAAACAUGAACAUGUAACAAAAACAGAAGAAGAGCAGACAUAUUCAGUUGCCAACAGGGACAAUGAUGCUGACUCAGAUGCUAAGAAAUCAUCCAAUUGACAACCAUCCAUUCAAUUCAACACUUGUUGAAGAACAAGAUUUUCUUGGAUGAGCUAAUUUUGGAUUCAAGAUGUAAGUAGGGUCUCGAAAAACACAUUUCAAUUUUACUUUCUUACGAUCAACGGAUUUCGACUUUCUCCUCUUCCAUUGUUUUUUAAUAUACCGUAUACGAAUAGGCUUGUUGUAGUUGAUGCUUGUGAUGAGUCUUGCACUUGUAUUGAUUGAUUGGCUUUGAGCUUUUCAUUAAAGGGCUUCCAUGGUGCCUUUAUGACAGCCAUGGAUUUUGACCUUUUCUCGUAAAUGUAGCGAUUUUUUUCUUGUCACCG